GAGAGAGUGAGUAAUAAAGAGAAAGAGAAAGUGAAAGAAAGGAAUGUAGAAAUGGAGGUUGAACAGUGAAGAAGAAAGACAUAUUUUUUAAGAGAAAAAACGAGAGAGAGUUGAGAGAGGAGGUUAAGUGUGAUAAAUAAUCUGAGAAAAAAAUGACGACGGGGAUUGUUCAAGAGCAAAAUCUUGAGAAACAGAUUGAGAAGCAAAUGGGUUGCAUGGCCGGUUUCCUUCAGAUCUUUGAUCGCCACCAGCUUCUCACCGGCAAACGAAUCUACUCCACCAAGCGCCUUCCUCCAACUCCGGCCAUUGAUUCGACGGUUGAAUCAGAGAGUACUGUCGAGUCGUCUCCGGCGGUGUCAAGAGAAUUGGAGAAGCCACAGAAUCAGCAUCAUCAUCAAGGAAGAUCAAUGCCUUCACCGGACCGGUUCAAGCAAUCUCCGGUAUCGGAGCUGCGGUCUCCGGCGCCGGAGCCUACGACUCUGGUGGAGAUGCAAAGCAAAUUGACGCUUCCUCUUCCAGUUUUCGAAUUCAAGGAAGGUACAAGGUCGUCAUGGAAGUUCUGCAAAGAAGCUCCUCGCCUUUCUCUCGAUAGCAGAGCCGUUGUCGACGCUAAAGGAAGUCUCAAACCUAGAGAGAUCCGUUCAAACGCGGCGAUUUUAUCAUCAAAUCGUUGCGAGAACAAUGAAGAAGGAGGUGCCGAUGACAGCGAGAAGCAGCGGCGGUCUACAAGUGUAAUCGCGAGACUCAUGGGACUAGAACCGUUGCCUAAUUCGGAUCCUGAACCGGCCAAAAAAGCUGAGCUAAGAAGAUCCGCUUCAGAAUCUAGAGUAUCCAAAGACUUCCAUCAAUACCGGUUCAUUGAUGGAGUCAAUUUUCAGUUAAAACAGUCGCAACCGCAGGCCGUGAGCUCGCAGAGCAACAAUUCGAGCAAUGGAGUCAGACAAAAUGGUAAUGUAGGUAGAGAAGAGCGCGCAAUGAAUGGAAGACAAGUAGAUCCAAAGCAGUUCACCGUACGAAAUGUAAGAGGCGAGCCAGCCAAAGCACCGCAGAGAGGGGGAGGUAUAGGACAAAGAAAGAGUUUCUUUGACUCUGCGGAUUUCUUUCCUGAGCCAAAACAGACUGUUUCCAUUUAUGGGGAGAUUGAGAAGAGGCUUAAAAUGAGAGGAAUCGACGAGCCUUCAAAGGAUCUCGAAACGCUAAAACAAAUCCUUGAAGCAUUGCAACUGAAAGGCCUUUUACACCCCAAGAAACCCUCCACCGCUCAAACGAAUCUCAGAAACUUCGUCUACGAUGAAUCUCCCAUCGUCGUCAUGAAGCCGGGGGCUAAUCAGCAAGGGCGAGUCGGCAAGGACUUGUCUCCUUCGAGUUUUAGAUCGAGAACAACCGGACCUCGCCGGAAUUUAAAUUUUUCUGGCGAGAUGUCCCCGGCGGUGAGCCCGCGGCGUGACAGACUGGAGUUUGAACGGAAUGUACGGAACCAGAGCCAGAGCCAGAGCAGAGGACGUAAUUCGAUUUCUCCGACUAGGAGUGAAACUGGAGUCAAAAGUCCCAGCCGGAGAAGACCGUUGAGUGUUGAGACUCAGAGGAAAUCCAACAAUGAGUCCAUGGAGCAGGGAAGAGGUUCUCCGAAGAUUAACAUGAGGAGGACUGUGUCGGAUCAGACCCCUAACCGAUCACCCAGAAUGGCGAAACCAACGGCGGAGAUUCGUCAGAAAGACCAUAAAGUUUUUGCUCCAGCUGAGGAUGACAUAUCCACCAUUUCCGAGUGCAGUAUUAGCACUUCAUCUCAAACCGAUACGGAGAGAUCGAAAGCCGAGGAAUACAAGGAAGGGAGGAGUUUGUUAGAGAGAUGUGAUAAACUGCUAAACAGCAUAGCAGAGAUAACGGCGUCUGAGUUGCAACCGAGUCCCGUUUCGGUGCUUGACUCGUCGUUUUACAAGGAGGAGUCGUCUCCUUCCCCCGUCAUGAAACGGAGCAUUGAUUUCAAAGAGUUGCAGAUUGAAUCGGAGGAUGAUUUAUGGAACCCGGUGAUCUCAUCUGUUGAAUCGAAAUCUGAGGACGAUUGUGAUUUCAUUUACAUUUCCGAUAUCCUUUGUGCAUCGAAUUACCUUCCCGAGGAUUCGGUGUUUUUGUUACUCGAGAAGCAGCAACAUCUUAAGGGAAAGGACACCUCCAAGGUCUCAACGCUCCAAAGAAAGCUUAUUUUUGAUACUAUCAACGAGAUAAUCUAUAGAAAGAGACAACUACCUCCAAGGAAAGUUAUCUCUUAUACUAACUCCAAUUCUGGGCAUUCAUUGUUGCAACAAAUCUGGUCUGAAUUUCAGAAAAUCCGAGAGAGGGACUCUUCCGAGGACUUGUUUAAUGUCAUUUGUGGUGUGCUGAGAAAAGACCUCGCCGGAGAUGCAAUCAAUGGGGAUUGCCCGAUUGAGAUGUCAGAGGCUGUCCUCGAUAUCGAAAGAUUAAUCUUUAAAGAUUUGAUUGGUGAAACCAUCAGAGAUCUUGCUGCAUUUUCCGGGAAUUGCAAUCCACCACCGGUGCCCCGUAAAAAGUUAAUAUUCUGAAAGUGAGGGAACAAAAAGAGGCUUAAGCUUUCUGUUCUAUUAGUAAUAUUUUUUUCUUUUUUCCACCUAAUUAAGUUUGACACCUUUUUUUUAAGAGAUUUGGGAGAUAUUUGAUCUUGAUUUACCUGAAAUCCAGGCAUAUCUAACGUUUCACUUUUGGAA